AUGGGGCAAUCAAUCCGGAGAAGUCCUUCUGGUGGCUUAUUGACUUCAAAUGGGAUGCUCACAAUGGUCAAGUGGAGAUUCCAUAGGAAACGCUUUGCUGCACCGGAAUUUGAACUGCAGAUCCCCAGGUUAUCCGGGGAUAUCAAAUCCCUUCGCCGCCUAGAACCAGAUGAUUCUGAACAUACUCUGGGGGUGACGUUGUCGCCACUUGAAAAUCACAAGGCACAGGAGGCACAGCUGAUCUCUAAAGCUAAAGAGUGGGCCAAACAGCUUCGACCUCACCUGCUGCACAAGUAUGACAUGUUACCACUGAUCCGGACUACAAUCAUGAAGAAACUGGAGUAUCCUAUGGCACUAACUACCCUUCCAGCUCAACAAUGGCAGGACAUUAAGUCAGGUGUUUGCCGCAACUUUCCCCGUUCGGUGGUCUUUGCCCCCUUGAAUUAUCAAGGCCUUGGAGUUCCUCACCUGUUUGGCAAGCAAGUGUACAAACAUUUGGAGAUGAUUUUGCGCCAUAUGUCGGGGGGUACAAAGACUGGAGCCUACAUGGACGCCAAUCUCCAGGCUCACCAACUGGAAACUGGUACUUCCUUUGGUCUUCUACAGCAAGAUUACCAGAACACAUCCAUUCUGGCCUCCGAUACCUGGCUGAAACGGGUAUGGAAGGAACUUGAGUCACUGGAUAUGUAUGUGGCCUUUGACUCUCCGGCCUUGUUGUCCCUACGAUGUCAUCAUGACGCCCUCCUGAUUGACUUGUUCAUUGACCUUGAGGUUGAUCAGGACAAACUUCUCUGGCUAACUGGUGCCGGAUAGGCUUGGAACUGGCUCUGGUCCCCGACCGUUGGCUUGUUCCAUCGGAGUGGGGCUGCAUGGACUCAUCUUGCCCUCAUAGGUUCCUCUAAUACUUCUUGGCGGUACGCUCCAUCUGACAACCACAAUGUGACGAACAGUCUACCACGACCAAGUUCUUGGUGGACUGACCCUUUGCCUACUGACGUCCUAUGUGCCACAGUGAGGCCUGUCUCCGGUUCCAAAUUGGUACUUCCUACCGGCACUGGUCUCUCCAUCUCGCCUUCCUCCGACCCGGCCCCCUCUAUCCUUAGGGCCUGGCAAGCCUCUGCUGAUCUCUGCACAGACUACUAUGGGUGGGUCCCCAAUGAGAUUGAGGUACAUGGUGAUGAGGCUGCAUUGGUCGAUGCCUUGAUUCAGGGUCGCCUCAGAAUUAUCAGUGAUGGGUCAUACAAAAAUGACCUCGGAACCGCUGCUAUUCAGCUCCUUACCAAAGGGGGAACUGAUCGCAUUGUUAUCCGGUGUCAAACUCCAGGUUUACCUCAGGAUCAGAGUGCCUAUCGUAACAAGUUGAUUGGUCUUCUGUCUGGGAUUAUGGCGGUCGAUUGGCUCCUCCAACAAUGGUUCCCAGCCCUUACUCAGCGGCCUUGUGUCAAGAUUGCCUGUGAUGGUCUUUCGGCCAUUGAAAUGGCCUUUGAAGAUCGACCCCUCUCACCCACUGAUGCGCAAUUUGACCUGGUCUCUUCCAUCUGGGAAGCCGUCUCUUGGUCUUCAGUGUCUUGGUCUCCGCGGCAUGUCUACGGACAUUUGGACAAGUCCAACUUAUUCGAUGAACUCACCUGGUGGGAAAAGAAAAACCUGGAAGUAGACGGUAUGGCAGUGGAUUUCGGCAAGGAACUCGAGGCAGCCCACCAACUCAUUCCUCCCAAUCCUCGGUUCUUCACAGAAGUGGCGGCUCUUCUUGUGGCUGACACAAAGCAGUCUCGGUUGAGUGACCAAUUCAUUCAGGAAUGCGGGACACUUCCCCGCCUGCGGCACCAAUGGAGGAACCAUCGUGUGAUCUCUGAGGAGGCUGAAAACCUCAUUGGUUGGGAGACACUGGGUUGCGCUAUGCAGUCACUACCUGCCGGACUCCAGCGCUGGAUUACAAAACAUUGGGUGGGCAUGUGUGGCACCGGCAAGUUCAAAGUGUACUGA